AUGGUCUGCAGAUCGGCCUUCGGGAGGAAAUACUGGGAUGGGGAGAUUGGGGAGAAAUUUCUAUUGCUGAUAAGGGAACUUUUGGAGAUUUUGGGGAGCUUUAGUGUUGGAGAAUUCAUUCCAUGGCUGGCGUGGAUUAAUCGUGUUAAUGGUUUUGAUGCUAGAAUGGAUUUUGUUUCUAAAGGAUUUGAUGAAUUCUUUGAAGCAGUGAUCGAAGGACGAUUGAAAGAUGAUGUGGAGAAUUCAAGUGGAACAGAUGAAAGCAGAGAAAAUUUUAUUGAUAUUCUGCUCAAGAUUUACAAGGAUAAUACCACUGGUGUUUCAAUUGACAGAGAUAGUAUCAAAGCAAUAAUUUUGGAUAUGUUUAUUGGUGGAACUGAUACAACAUCCACAGUUCUAGAGUGGGCACUUUCCGAGCUCAUAAGACACCCAGCCAUCAUGAAGAAGUUGCAAAAUGAGCUUUUGAGUAACAAAAGGGUACAAUCAUUUUGUGCUAUAAGGGAAGAAGAAACGGCCUUGAUGAUGGAAAAAAUUAAGGAAUCGUGUCUUUCUUCGUCUCCAUUGAAUUUGACUGAUUUGUGUAUGGCAAUUUCGAAUGAUAUUGUUUGUAGAUCAGCUUUUGGAAGGAAGUACAGAGACGGGGCAAUUGGGGAGAAAUUUCUGAAGCUGAUAAGCGAAUUUUUGGGACUUUUGGGGAGUAUUAAUGUUGGCGAAUUCAUUCCAUGGCUGGCAUGGAUUAGUCGUGUUAAUGGUUUUGAUGCUAGAGUGGAAUAUGUUGCUAAAGAACUUGACGAAUUUCUCGAAGGAGUAAUUGAAGAACACCUGGAAAAUGGUGUGGAAAAUCCAAGUGCAAAGGAUGAAACUAAAGAGAAUUUUGUGGACAUUCUGCUUAGGAUUUACAAGGACAAUAAUACUGGUGUUUCCAUUGAUAGAGAUAGUAUCAAAUCAAUCAUUUUGGAUGUGUUUUCUGCUGGAACAGAUACCACAUCCACAGUUCUUGAGUGGGGAAUGACAGAGCUCUUAAGGCAUCCAAUAGUUAUGAAAAAGUUGCAAAAUGAACCAGAGAGAUUCUUGAAUUCGUCGAUAAAUAUCAAAGGACUCAAUUUCCAGUUGAUCCCUUUUGGGGCUGGUCCGAGAGGUUGUCUAGGGAUCUCUUUCGCAAUGGCAACUAACGAACUUGUGUUGGCAAAUAUUGUUCAGAAAUUUGAUUGGGAAUUGCCUAAUGGAGCAAAAGGAGAGGAUUUGGAUAUGAGUGAACGUCCAGGUCUAGCAAUCUAUAGAAAAUUUCGGGAGAGAUUUACAUACAUGGAAAGUCUAAAUGUUAUAUCAUCGGCUUCAACGGCAAAACCAAGAGUUUCUUUUCAACAAUUUUUCAAAAAAUCAACAUUCUUGAGGCCUAUACCACAUACCCUAAUUCCCCAUCACACUUCCAAUUGGAAAAUCUCUCACCCCAUUUUGAAGGCCCAGCAGUCUGAGUUGAAAGAUGGAUCAGACACGGUAUCUAAAAUUUCUGAAGGAGAUGCACUCAAAGUUAAAGAGUGGGAAGUGGGGAUGUUCCGAAAUGAAGUGGCUGCAAGCCAAGGGAUAAGGAUUAGGAGACGGCCUCCAAGUGGACCUCCUCAGCAUUAUGUGGGUCCUUUUGAGUUUCGCUUGCAGAAUGAGGGUAACACCCCACGAAAUAUUCUUGAAGAAAUUAUAUGGCAUAAGGACGUGGAAGUAGCACAGAUGAAGGAGAGAAAACCACUUUUUACGUUGAAAAAAGCACUUGACAAUGCUCCACCUGUUCAUGAUUUUAUCGGAGCUCUUAAGGGAGCAAAUUCACGAACUGGAUUACCUGGUCUGAUUGCUGAAGUGAAAAAGGCCUCUCCAAGUAGAGGAGUUCUUAGAGAAGAUUUUGAUCCUGUUGAUAUUGCUAAAGCUUAUGAAAAAGGUGGGGCGGCAUGCCUAAGUGUCUUGACAGAUCAGAAGUAUUUCCAGGGAAGCUUUGAAAAUUUAGAGGCCAUAAGGAGUUCUGGAGUAAAGUGCCCUCUACUGUGUAAAGAAUUCAUAAUAGAUGCUUGGCAAAUCUACUAUGCUCGAACCAAAGGUGCAGAUGCAGUUCUGUUAAUUGCGGGUGUUUUACCAGAUCUUGACAUCAAAUACAUGACUAAGAUAUGCAAGUUGCUUGGGUUGGCAGCACUGGUUGAGGUACAUGAUGAGAAAGAGAUGGAUCGCGUCCUCCAAAUAGAUGGGAUUGAACUUGUUGGCAUCAAUAAUCGAGACCUUGAAACAUUUAAGGUUGAUAUUAGUAAUACCAAAAAGCUUCUCGAAGGUGACCGUGGUGAAAGGAUCCGUCAGAAAGGCAUAACAGUGGUUGGGGAAUCUGGACUUUUCACUCCGGCUGAUAUUUCCUAUGUACAAGAAGCUGGUGUUAAAGCUGUGCUGGUUGGGGAAUCGAUUGUUAUACAGAAAGACCCUACAAAGGGAAUAACCGAACUCUUUGGUAAAGAUAUCUAUUGA